AUGGUAGAAAGUAAAAAAAAGGAUACCACAGAACAUGCUGCUAAUGUAAAGACUAAAAAGAUUAGUGCAGAGUGUUACCUUUUCAAACUUUUGGCCCCUUCAGUUCGACAGCAUGCUCCGGUUGUUCUAAACUCUGUUCCACAAACAUGGCUUCCUCCUGCUCUUGGUUCUUUAAAAAUUAAUACAGAUGCAACUUGGAACUCUGAGUCUUUGUGUUGUGGUCUUGCUGCGCUUCUCAGAGACUCUUUAGGUACUUUUCUCAAUGGUGUGGUCUCAGUGGGGAAGGCUACCUCGGCGGAGGCGGCGGAGGCUCAAGCGGUUCUUCUUGGCCUCAAUUUGGCAAAAACUGAGUCCAUUCUUUCUUUCUCUCUUGAAGCUGAUUGUCUCCCCUUAAUCUCAGCUUUGAAAUCCUCUUUGGGAUCGGUCUCUUGGUCUACACUCUCUUGGUUUCAACAGAUCAAGUCUUUGGCUGAUUCUUUCUCUUCUGUAAACUGGUCUUGGAUCAGUAGGGAAGCAAAUGUGGCAGCAGAUGUUGCUGCUCACCUUGCUCCACGGUUGGAGCCUGUGUUGGAUUGGUUUCUGAACCCACCUCCUUCCUUGCACCAUGUACUUCAAUCAGAUGCGGUGGCAGCUCCACCUUGA